GACAGUAGGGUACGCUCGUCACCGAUCCGCAAGGGUUUUUCCCAUUUCCGCAUUAGGAGGGUCAACCAAGGCAUGGCAUGGCAUGGCGCUGUGAACCACCCCAGCGAUAAAAAAACGAUGUCAUAUGUCGUUAUGACGGCAUCAUUGCUUGCAGUUUCUGUCCCGUGUUUGAGACUUAGGAGCAUGCUGAUCAUUUUCUUCUUUUUUCUUUUUUUUCUGUGGCAUGUACACUACACUACACUACACUUCACUACACUACACACAUACAUCAUUCGAGAGACAACGAGAACCAACCCUUGAGACUGUCCCCUUCUUCGGAUAUUUAUACUUCACUCCAUCCUCCCACGGGAACCAGAUAAAAAAGCAUACAAUGCGUCCUUUCACCGAUCCCACUGUCCACACUACAGCUUCUUCGAGUUAUU